AUGUGUCCAGACAGGACGACGGGGUCAGGUUGUUGCGGUGGGAAACUCACAGAUGACCUCAGCAAGGACAGACAACAGCAGCCUGAAUGGCUUGUGCGAGAGCUGCUGAGACAGAACAGGCGAAGACACUCGAUCACCAUUGGAGAUGAGACUCAAAUAAGACGACAACACUCUAUUAUUUACUCAACUUGCAAAUUGUGCAGCCUCAAGCACGCAUGCUUUAUCAACUGCCUGCUUGAUGAGACGAUAUCACUCGACAACCUCCAGAAAUUGAAACUAGCAUUCGAGGAAUUUGAAAGGGGUGGCUCGAGAUCCAUUGAUGCAAAGCGUUUUGGACAUUUAUUGAAGAAGUGUUUGGGUUUGCCUAAGACAAGCAAUGCGCAGAUACAAGGGUUAUUUAAGAAGAUUGAUUAUUUGGGCCAAGGACAGAUUUCAUGGGGUGAGUUCUGCACACACAUGAUGCAUGAGUACAAAGAGAAGCAGGAAACUGUGAGACGCAGCAAGCAGGUGGCUUUUACUCUGCCAGCCUCUAUGAAGACGUUGUGUCAUGGCCUCCCCAUCGUUAACAUCCACUCCAGCCAUGAUUGCACCAUUGUAACAGUGAGAGAAGACGGGGUUGUUUGCUACUGGAGCCCUGAACUGAAACCACUGAAGACCCAACAUAUAUUUGUAUAUGUAGGACCAGCAAGCAGGAAGUCAAAGUGGGCAAGUGACUUUAUUCUGAUGACAGAGUUUAACAAGCUGAUGAUUGGAACUGGGGACAGAGAAAUCCAGCUUUAUGAGCUUUCCACUCUGGCCUACUGCCAGAUCAAUGCACUAGAAACGGUGCCUUUGACUUUAGACUUCGGCUGCACUGGCCCUGAUAAAUGUUGUAUUGUGUAUGGAGACACGGACGGAUGUGUUACUAUCAUGUUAAUAUCCUCUGUUGGAGAUACCCUCAGGUUAUGGAAUAAAUUACCGAAGGUUGAAAAUAUGCCAAACAUAGCAAUUGACAAUGCGGUGCUUUCUCCAAAUGUGACAUUUAUCAGAUGGAAGGUUCAUCAGGACUGGGUAACACAGGCAAAAUAUUUUCCUAGUUUUCACGCUGUUGUCUCCUCAUCAAAGGAAGAAUCUACUGCACUCGUUAUAGGCUGUGUGCUGCCUCUAACAGACGCUGAGCAGCAGUUGGAUGAGAUCAGAGAGGCCUGCUAUGAAGGUAAAACCAAGAAAAUCCAACUGAGCUGGACUCCACAACUCCGUUCAUCAUGUGACCAGACAGUUUUCACCAUAUCUAAAGGUGUCAAGACCUUUGACCUUUGUCCGAAGCACAGUUUGCUGGUCACUGGAGGCAUGGACAGGCUGAUACGAAUGUGGAACCCACAUUUUUCUGGGAAACCUAACGGUAUUUUGAAAGGCCAUUCGGCUCCAAUCACUUACCUGCACAUCUUCCCAGAGAAUGGUCAGAUCUUCUCUGUCUCUAUAGACUGCACAGUGAAGAUCUGGGAUAUUCAAGAUCAGUGUUGCCUGUUUACAGCAGACUCACAAGCCAGCGGGAUUCAUGGUGACAUAUCUGCCUGCUCGUAUUCCUCUGCUGUAAAAUCCUUCUACAUUGCAGCAGACUGUAUGGCUGUGCUCUCCCUGAAAAUAAGGCCGAGGCUUCACAGCCGUCUGACUGCUUCCCAUGAUGAGGCUGUAAUGUGCUGCGGAUACAGUAAAGAAUUCCGCCAGGUUGUCAGCUGCAGUGAGGGAUCUGUGGUUAAAGUCUGGGAUUUUGACACUGGGCGGCAGGUUUUUGAAUUUUGUGGAACACAAGACCAGUCUGCCAUCACAUGCAUGGCUUUUGACCCCAAAGGGAGGAGACUCAUCACAGGUGGAAGAGAUGGUUGUGUUAAGAUCUGGAACUUUAACAAUGGUCAGUGCCUAAAAACACUUAGGAAAGAUGGUGUAGGUAACGAAGUGUGCGACUGCAUCUUUCUGCAAGUUCACAUGUCUUUCUAUGUGAUGUCUGUUGGCGGGGACCGGAAGAUUGACAUUUACCCAGACAUACCUGAGGGCCUUCAUCAUGUCCAGAGGCCACAGCCUCCAUGGCAGGAUGAUCUGAAGAGUGGCCAUAAGGAGGACAUCCUUUGUGUGGCGCAGUGUCCACCAUCUCUCUUAGCUACCAGCAGCUAUGAUGGAGAGAUUAUAGUGUGGAACGUGGUUUCUGGACGAAUACGGUGUCGGAUAGUCAGCCCUCUUCUUGCUGAACACCAAAAUGUUGAAGGACUGGAUAAAAGUGUCCCAAGUAUAAUUUUCUUUAAGAACUCCAAGUUGCAGCACUUUUCCUCUGCUACAGCUCUGCUGUCGGCAGGAGCCAUGGGUUGUAUAAAUAUCUGGAAUGUGCUGAGUGGAAACAAAUUAGCCGGGAGUUUCAAAGCUUCUAAAUUCCAACAAAAGAUUACAAAACUGGCAAAAACAGACAAGGACACGUUGCUGUACGCUGCUGACCGGAUUGGUUACAUCUAUGUUUACAGCAUAGAAAAGUUUGCUGCUGGGCAAAAGUCACCUAAAGCUGAAAACUUCUGGCGUGCUCACACCAGCAGAAUUACUGGCCUGCAGAUUGUUGACAAUGAUCAAGUGGUGCUUACCUCAUCCACAGACUACACUGUGCGCCUUUGGAGCGCACAUGGAGAAUACAUAGGGACCUUUGGGCAGUCUGAGAGCUGGAGUGUCCAUAUAUCGUCCUCUUGGAAACAUCCUGCUGUCCCCUAUGAGGUCCUCAUUGAUCCUCUGAGCAUGGCACAUCAUGAAAUUCUGAAUGUUAAAACUUGUUCUGAUGACAUCGAUCCUGACAAGUCUGGGGCUCAUAGAGGUGAACAUAAGUCAGAGACACACAGUAAGGUGAGACAUUGAGGAAGAUUAAAGGCAGGUUUUACCCGGAGGAACAAAAGACAGGGCUCUGUCAUGGAACUCUCAGGCAUGCUAACAAGCUAUCGAACCACUGUGCUCUGAAAGGCUUCAUGCCGUGGAGCCAUCCAACACCAGACCUGUUAUAAGAAGGGUGGAGGAACUAGAGUCAUUUGAAAAAUAUGAAACUGUAUUGAUCGCAAAAGGGGAAAAUAGAUCAUUGUCGCAUCCAGUAAUAGAACUCCUUCAAAUAAAACAUUUCUAAAUUCCUACUAUGCAUGACAUACUCAGCACUAAAGAGCUGAGGAGACAGACGGACAGAGAAUAGCUUGUGGUGAUAGUGGAGCAUUAGAGCAGGUGGACAGAA